AUGGGCGGAGGCUGUUGCAGGCCUUCUAGCAAGAGUUUAAAGGACAGCAAAUCGACUAGACUGAAACAGCAAUGCCCCCCAGCAGAGUCGAAGCGUGGUCAACUAUCAAGUGAGCAAAGCAGCCCGGAAACGUCAGAGGACGAGGGCCGAUGUAGAAGCGUGGGCAUGGGUGUACCUGUGUUUUUGAAUAUUUACAAUCUGCAGAACAAGGUGGACAAAACCACAUACAAUCUAAAUGCACGUAUUGGUCUGGGCAUUUAUCACACCGGUAUGGAAAUUUUCUCCACGGAAUGGGCAUUCAGCGGCUCAACACGUCCUAUACCUGGGGUCUGUGGUAUCACUUGUGGUAGGCCAAGAGAAAUGCUCCCAAAGUAUCUGUUUGAAAAGAGUAAGUUGCUUGGGUAUCUACCUCGAGGCACAAGUAUACGACAAAUUCUUGCUAUAGUGGGAAAGCUACGCCCUGAGUGGGAGGCAAGUAAGUACCACAUGCUGAGACGUAAUUGCAAUCAUUUCACAAAGGCAUUCCGCGACUCGCUCGAGGCAGAGUUCCCGGAAGCAGGCCUUAAAAAAAUACCGGCGUAUAUUAAUAGGGCUGCGCGUUUUGCGCGCGUGCUAGUACCAAGGGCAUUUGUCCCCUCGGUACGUCAGCCCAUCCACUCCAUAUCUCCAGCGGCUGAAAGGGCAAAUCCUGAAAAUGUCUCUUUCCUGAGACUUGCUGAGAACAAACGUGGAAGUGAUUCGAGCCGUAGGGUGCCGAGAGAGGAGGAGGGUGUAAUCGCCGAUGCAAAAGUCCUUCGAACACGUGAGGAGCUGGAAGCCAUGACAGUGCGCAACCUCCGGACCCUGAUGUGGCUUAAUUGGCUCUCUUUAGAGCGGUGCCGGGACAAAAGGGACAUGGUUGAGGCGCUGCUAAGGCACCAAAUGGCACAGCAACAGCAGCAACAACGACGGCAGCAUCAACAUCCGCAUGGGGAACACCGACAGAGACAACAGCGGUCAGAAUAA